GACGAAAAAGAUGCCAAGUUCCUGUGCUCCUUCCUUCCGGCACAGCCAGGAGGGGGAGAGGAGCUGCCCAUGGGCAGAGCCAGUGUUGCUCCUCUCCAGGCUCCUCUCCUGUUCCUUCUCUGCUCAGCUCCAUGGAGAAGCUCCUGCACCUCACCUUGGUCUUCCUGGCAGCAUCCUGUGCUGCAGAGAACGUCACCGUGGUGGCCGCCAUGGAAGGGGACACCGUUUCUGUCAACUGCUCCUACGACCCGCGGCAGUGGUGGUGGGGGAAGAGCUGGUGCAGGCAGCUGGACCAGGGCCGGUGCCAGCAGGUGCUGAGCGCCCCGCCAGCCUGGCUGCCCUUCCCCAGGAGCAGGAGAGGCAGCACCUCCCUGAGGGACAACGCCCGCGCCGGGCUCCUGACCGUCACCAUCCGGCACCUCCGCAAGGAGGACGCGGGGCUGUACCAGUGCAAAACGGAGUUCCUGGGAGAAACGAAGAGCCUGAGGAAGGUGCAGGUGGAAGUGCUGGCAGCUGACCUGGUGACCCACGUGCCAGAGGAGCCCAGAGCUGUUCAGAGCAUCUCCAGGUCCCUUCCCGACGUGGAUUUCACUGUUUUCUACAUCCUCGCUGGGUUCCUGGUGGCCAAGUUCAUGAUGGCUGUGCUGGUUUGUGUUGUUGCCCACAGCAGGAGGAACAGGGAGACAGGGCAAAACCCAGGCCUGGGUGAGCAGCAGGUGCUCCCGUUCCCUGCUGACCUUGGACAAGAUGGAAUCGGCCUCUCCUGGGAGAGCUCUGCGUGA